AUAGUUUUUUCUUACUAUUCAAGUUAAAACGUUGUUCUAUAUAUUAUUACUUAAUCCUGGGACGGGAACUUGUAAAAACACAACAAUGUCCUCUAGCUUAACAGAUUACAAUCUCAAAGAGAAUUUAAAACAAUUGCGUGCUCUUCUAAUUUCAGAUAUAGUGGAAGCCUCUGGAAAAAAUAUAUUCUUUUCCAUCAGUAAACAAACAGCAGCAAUCGUUGAAAAUAUAUUUAUUGUUGCACUUGAAUUUUCGGCUGAUUUUUAUAGAAGCUUUAUAGAAUUUCAAAAUGCAGAAAUUUUGGAUUUACAUUCAAAUGUUGAACUUUGGGUAGAAGGGGAAAAUGUAAUUCGAAAGAAUAUUAUAUCAUUCAUUCAAGAUAUUGCAUCAGUAAAGUUUCAAGCAAAUACCUUAAUUAUUAUCGAUUGCUUCGAUCCCAUGUCAAAUUGUUCAACAGUCUUGAACCAAGUGUUGAAUAAGUAUAUACUGAGACAGAAAGAAAAAAUUCGACCCUACAUUAUCGGAUUAUGCCAUAGAGACGUAAUAGAAAUUAACGAUAUACAGACAAUAUUUCCUUUUCACAUAAAAUUACGACCACCUAAAUGUAAAACUAACCAAUACGAAUGUGAUAUCAUAAAAAGGAAAAGCUCUGGUAAAAUAGAAUAUACUCGAGAAGGUUUCAAUUUUACUGAUAAAAAAAUAACUGGUAGUAAUAUAUUAUCGAAUAACCUGAUAGAAAGUAUUAAACAAGACAAUACUGAGGCUGCUGAUCCGACUAAAAAUUUAAGUUUUAAUCUCAAUCUUACCGAAAAAGAAGAGGAAGCUCGAAGAAAAUUACAACUGCCUUAUGUACGAACGAACAAAAGUACCCCAAAAGAUGAAGGACCUAAAAGUGACUCGGGUAAGGGGAAUAUCUAUUACGAACCGGACGAAGCGGAUGAUUUUGAUGAAGAAGAUCCCGACGAUGAUUUAGACAGAAAAGAACAUAGAAUUGCCUUCAGAAUGAAUGAAAACUUCCUAUAUAGAAUACGAGAAGAGAGUUUAACAUGCCGUGUUUGUCUUGAAACUUGGAUUAAUAAAUCUCCAAUUUUGUUUCCAUGUCAACACAUCACCUGCGAAUCAUGUACUACUGGAGUAAUGAAAAAUUCAAAAAGCAUUCACUCGUUUAAAUGUCCAGUUUGUAGAAAAGUUGUAACAAAACUUGAUGUAAAGAAAUUUAGAUUUUUUAGAACAUUAGAACACGUCGGUUCAAAAGUGACGAUAGAUCAAGCUUCUCAAACGGAAUGGGAAAAUAAUGAAAGCGAGAAAACUGUUGAUAUUAACGAAAUUCGAGAUUACUUAAUCAAGCAAAAGAAAAGAAAGUUGAAUAAUCUGAUUUAUCUUGGUGACCUUCAUUCGGUUCGUCGGAAAGUCAUUUUUAUCAGCUUGGAUGGAUUUAGAUAUGAUUAUUUGGAAAAAGUAAAAGAUAAGAGAGGAUAUGCUUCUACACCUAACUUCAAUCGAAUAAUAGAAGAAGGUGUUUACGUCAAGGACGGUAUAACAAACGCUUUUAUUACUAAAACAUUUCCCAAUCAUUGGAGUUUAGUUACUGGGAGAUAUGAAGAAAGUCAUGGUCUUAUUGGAAAUGAAAUGUUUGAUCCAAGGAGAAACCAGACUUUCAACUUAACUGCUGACGUUACCGAUUCUUUUUGGUAUAAUAAUGGGGAUGGGAGUGGUGGUGAACCAAUUUGGGUAACCAAUCAACGGGCUGGAGGUGCUAGUGGAGUUUUAUAUUGGGUUGGAGAUGGUGUUGUAAUAAAUGACCAUAGGCCAACGAGAUUUGAAUUUUUUAACUUUAAAUAUGCAAAUGGUGACAAAGUACCAAUAGAUAAACUAAUUAGGUGGUUCGAUACAGAAGAUUGUCCAAUUAAUCUUGGAUUAUUGUACUUUAGACAGCCUGAUGCUGCGGGGCAUAAAUUUGGGCCAGAUUCAAAUGAGGUUUUAGAUGAAAUUAUAAAAUUAGACGGAUAUAUUGGAUAUUUAAUAAAGAGAUUGGAAGAAGUAGACAUGUAUGAUGAGAUGAACAUAAUUAUCACGAGUGAUCAUGGAAUGGCCGAAUCGGAUUCUGAAAAAGUAAUCGUCUUGGAUGACUAUCUUAAAGUAGACUAUACAUCUUAUAUGGACAGUCCAAUUUAUUCAAUAGAUCCUAUUGACGGUGUUUCAACGGUAGAUGAAAUUGUCAAAAGUUUAUCCAAAGUUCAAAAUAUGAAAGUAUAUAGAAAGCAAGAUAUACCAGAACAUUUUCAUUAUAGGAACAACAUACGAGUAAGAUCGAUAGUCCUCGUUGCGGAUGUAGGUUGGAAUAUUGUAAAAACAAAGGAAGAGAAACAAAAAUGGAAAAGAAGGGGUUCUCACGGAUACAAUAACAGUAUUAAAAUUAUGCAUCCAUUUUUCGUUGCAAGGGGUCCUAUUUUUAAGAAAAACUAUACAGCCUCAUCUUUUGAAAAUGUUGAUAUAUAUCCCUUAAUUUGUGAAAUUGUUGAUGCUAAACCCUACCCUAACAACGGUUCUCUUUCGAGAAUCAGUCAUAUUAUUAUGAAAGAAAAGCUUUUUCACGUAACGACGACGUUCAUCACAUAUGUGGCAUCAAUUGCUUUUGCGGCAUUAUUCUCCUCAAUAUUUUCCUUGGUUGCUUGUAGAGUGUAUAGAAUUCAACGACGCCACAAAUAUAAUUCCAGCUAUCAUGUUUCAAUUAAUGGCCUUCCGAUGAACGAGACAGACAAGCAAGUUUUGCUUGACGAUCCCGAAUUGGAAAGCGAAUUACCUUAG